UGUGGGUGAAAUGAGUAAAAUUAGUUUCUCGUACUUGGUGUAAUAGAAAAUUGGAAGAAAUAUCUAGGGCUGUUUUUAGGAGAAAAUUUUGAGAAUUUUGGAUGUAUUAACUUAUGUAUUAACAUAAAUAAAUUUAAUAAAUUUAGAAGUAAACCCAUCAUUCUCAACUCAAGAUACAGAUACUGAAGAUAUACAAAUCACAGAAAAUCCACUUAUGGAAAAAGAAACCUUACCUGAAGUAGCAUCGUCUUCACACGUACGCGAUGAUGAUCCAUUAGCGAAUAAUAAUUUUUUAGCCAUACAGCGUCAAAUUCUGAAGGGUAUAAAAUUCAAAGUAUCGACAAAUGUUGAUGAAAAUCAAGGAGGAUUUCAUUUAAGUUCUUUGUCCAAACAGCAAAUUUCCGACAAUAUUCGUGAAGAGAAAAUUAACAAAUUAUCUGUAGAGUUACGGGAAUGUGUGGCAAAGAAAAAACGAGAAUUUGAAAAGAGUUAUCGAAAUGAUUGUGAAACAUUUGGAUUUGUUACUCAAAAACUUGUUGAAAAGGAUAAAACUUUGGAGGAUCGUUUGAAAGUUGCUCUUUUGGAAACUAUGAAAGAUUUGCAAAGUGAUACAAUGAAGAAAUUUGAUGAAUUUCUUGAUCAAAUUUAUGGUUUCAAUUGCAAUUAA